UUUCAUAUAUUUCCCGUCGGCGGGAAUUAAAUUCCCAAGUCCCUCUACAAAUCCCCUAAAAGUUGGGUAUCCUAAAUGGUGUGUUUUGGCUGCACAGAAAAUUCAGGGUGAGUGGACUUAGGAAAGCUGUCUCUGUGAGGUUUCAGGUCAGUACCCAGCCGUACAGGUGUCCUUUCCUUUUUAAAUGCAGAAUUAAAGGAGAAGCGUUCAGGAUUGGAGGAGAGGUGGUCAUGUCCCAGGAGGACAGCCACGAGUGGGAGCUGAGCAAGGAGAAUGUGCAGCCCCUCAGGCAGGGACGGGUGAUGUCCAGUUUGCAAGAGGCACUGUCGCAGCAGGACUCUUCCAGCCACACUGCUGUGCAGCUUAAAAAACAGGAGUUUGAAGCAGAAAUACGAUUUUACUCUGGAGAUGAUCCUCUGGAUGUGUGGGAGCGGUACAUCAGGUGGACAGAGCAGGCCUUCCCUGGGGGGGGCAAGGAUGGCAACCUGUCAGCAGUUCUGGAAAGGGCAGUGCAAGCCCUCCACGGGCAGCAGCGAUACUACAAAGACCUUCGCUAUCUUAAUCUCUGGCUCAAGUUUCGUCCUCGCAGCACGGUGAGCUCUGGCUUGGAAGCGCCGCCCCCACUGCCCAGUUUCACCCCCUAUGUGGACGAGUCAGCUCAGCCCCAAAUGAU